GCCUGUGCAUGCAGAGAGUCGGGGCACAUGAAGGAAGUGGUGCAAAUAGAAAUUUGGAAGGAAAUACUUCUCGUUUUUUAAAAUCCUCCGUUCUUUGAUUGGCUGUUGACAUCUCUUCAGAGGUUGGAUGCGGGGUAUUUAAGCUUUGCAGCGGCACAGUAGUCAGACAGAUCGAGUUCAGCAGAGAACAUCAGACAUCACAGAGACCGAAGACACGAUGUUUACACACAGACAGAUGAGCAUGGAGAAGGCCGUCCUCUCAGCAGUAGCAAUGCUACUUCUCCUGACCUCAGCCGGACAAUCUGCGAUCCUGACCGACAUUCCUCACACCACAGAAGCUCCGACUCUGUCAAACUCAUCUCUGACUACAGAGCUCAGUAACAGCACUAUGGAGCUCCCUCAGGUUCUGCGCACACACCGGUCAUGUGGAGCUGAACAUGAAAACUACUGUGAGAAUGGUGGAGAGUGCAUGUACCCCCAAGACAGCGACAAACCUUUCUGCAUCUGCACAUCCUCGUACAGUGGGAUUCGCUGCCUCUUCUUCGUCUCCAACACUCACACCCUACCUGAGCUGGAGCAACUGAUUGGCAUCAGUUUUGGGGUUUUGAUGCUCCUUGUUGUCCUGGCCAUCAUCUUUUACUGCUGUGCCUAUAGAAAGUGUAUAAAAUCAGCGCCGCUCAUAAAAUCUGCACCGUCUGAAUCGUCUGUGUGACCCUACAACUCACCACUCUUCAUCAUCUAUGUCAGCUUCAGCAUCACUUCCAGUAUUGUCACUCUUUGGGGAAACAAAACCAAAACAUUUCAUCUCAAUAUUUAUUGUAAACAAACAAACCGCAGCAUCCAUGAGAGACUGAGGAAAGACUGACACGUGUCAGAGAUGGUGGAGCCUUUUGUAAUGAACAAUGUCAGAUUUGAAUCCAUUCAAUCCUUAAAAAAAUCAAAUGACUAUUUAUUGUGAUAUUGUAUUUUAACUUAUUCAAAUUGCUCAGUUUAUUUAAAAUUUUGUAAUAAAUGAAUGAAAAAGUA